AUGAGUCAAUAUACGAAGAACAAAAUCAAAGUGUCGAAUGCAAUUGUGGAUUUGGAUGGUGAUGAGAUGACGAGAAUAAUUUGGAGUGAAAUUAAGAAAAGGUUAAUAUUACCAUAUUUGGACAUCGAUAUAAAAUAUUAUGAUCUCGGCUUACCAAAUCGCGAUAAAACCAAUGAUAAAGUAACGUUGGAAGCUGCUGAAGCGAUAAAGAAAUAUAAUGUUGGGGUCAAGUGUGCAACAAUUACACCUGAUGAAGUUAGGAUGAAAGAGUUUAAUUUAAAAAAGAUGUGGCCAAGUCCAAAUGGUACGCUACGAAAUUAUCUCGGCGGAACUGUUUUUCGUGAACCAAUUUUAUGUAAGAAUAUACCAAGACUUGUUCCAAGCUGGAAAGAAUCCAUUAUCAUUGGACGACAUGCAUUUGGUGAUCAGUAUAAAGCUACUGAUAUUACUGUGGAAAAGGGUGCGAAAAUUCAACUCUGUGAAAUUAGUGACGGAAACGAAAAGCGAUAUGAUGUAUUCACGUUCGAUAAAAGUGGUGGUGUUAUCAUGGGAAUGUAUAAUACUGAUGAGAGUAUCACUGAUUUUGCACAUUCCUGCUUCCAAUAUGCUUUAUCGAAAAAACGCCCGCUUUAUCUCAGUACGAAGAACACGAUACUAAAAAGAUAUGAUGGCCGUUUCAAGGAUAUUUUUAAUGAUAUUUAUCUGAAGAACUAUGAAAAUGAUUUCAAGAAACUGAAUAUUUGGUAUGAACAUCGACUGAUUGACGAUAUGGUUGCUCAGAUGCUAAAAAGCGCUGGUGGCUUUGUAUGGGCAUGUAAGAAUUAUGAUGGUGACGUACAGUCAGAUAUCAUUGCUCAAGGUUUUGGAUCGUUAGGUUUGAUGACUUCAGUAUUGAUGUGUCCAGAUGGUAAAACAAUAGAAGCAGAAGCAGCACAUGGUACGGUGACACGGCAUUAUCGAGAGCACCAAAAAGGUAAACCGACAUCAACGAAUCCAGUCGCAUCUAUAUUUGCUUGGUCAAAAGGACUGGAUCAUCGUGGUAAGCUGGAUAACAAUGGUGAACUUCGGAAGUUUGCACGUACACUAGAAGAAGCAUGCAUUACGACAAUUGAAGAAGGAAAGAUGACCAAAGAUUUGGCAGUUUGCAUACAUGGGACGCAAGGUGCAACACAAGCCACUUAUCUAAAUACGCAGGAUUUUCUACAUGCUAUCGACAGUAAAUUGCAGUUUCUAAUGAAACAAAAUUAA